UGUGGUUGUGGGCAAGGGCGAAAUAAUGGAUACAAAUCAGCUAGACAUGAAGUUUAAGGUGAUAUCUAGCGUUGGAUAAUGUGGGCGGCGCUUACAACACCAGACAGACGAGAGGAGAGGAGUCAGCAGGCCCAGUCAGCUGUCAGCCCACACUCCCGGCUUACCAUUCCCCGCCUCCCCGGCCUAAAUAUCAGCUACCAUGGCGUCCAGAAGGGCCCUGCAUUUCGUGUACAAGAUUGGCGACCGAAAGGAGACGGCAAAGUUCUACAGAGACAUCUUAGGGAUGAAGGUACUGCGUCAUGAGGAGUUUGAUGAAGGCUGCAAGGCUGCCUGUAAUGGACCCUAUGACGGAAAGUGGAGCAAGACCAUGAUCGGAUAUGGACCAGAAGAUAACCACUUUGUGUGUGAGCUGACUUACAACUAUGGGGUCUCCCAGUAUGAAAUGGGGAAUGAUUUCCUAGGGAUGCACAUAGACUCCCAGGAGGCUGUGGAGCGGGCCCAAAAGAGUGGCUGGCCUGUAAAGGAAGAAGGAAACCACAGUGUCCUGGAGGCCCCUGGUGGCUACAAGUUCAUCAUUUCUCACAAACCGCAGCCAGCUGACAAAGACCCAGUGCAGCAAGUCGUCCUGGCAAGCAGCAACCUGGAAAAGUCUGUGGCGUACUGGAAGGACCUGGCCGGCAUGACUCUUUAUAGCAGGACAGACAAGAGUGCCACCCUUGGCUACAGUGACACUCAAGCUAAACUGGUGCUGCAGGACAUUGGUGGACCUGUGAACCAUGCCAAGGCCUUUGGGCGCAUUGCCUUCUCUGCCCCGGGAGGUGACCUGCCAGGCAUCGAGAAGAAGAUGAAGGAGGAUGACCAGACCAUCCUCACCCCAUACAUCUCCCUGGACACCCCUGGCAAGGCCACGGUCCAGGUGGUCAUUCUGGCAGACCCGGAUGGCCAUGAGAUCUGCUUUGUGGGAGAUGAAGGCUUCCGUGAGUUGUCUCAGGUAGAUCCCAAGGGCGACGAACUGCUGACAGAGGCCAUGGAGCAAGACAAGUCUGACGAGUGGUUUGCUGAGAAGGGCGGAAAGGCUGCUGCAUAGAGACUGCUGUUUACCAUGACUUGAAUCACAACCAUGAUGAUAUUAUGUGCUUGUCUUGUAUCCUCUUUUUCAGCUCUAAGUAAGAUUAAUCCUUUCCAUCCGUGGCACAGAUGUCGGCAUCACAGUAUGGAAAGGGUCAAGAGGAAAUGGAAGAGGAUUAAUCCUCUUCUAAACUUCUCAAUCCUCCUCUAAAUUCCUCUUAAUCCUCUUCCAUUUCCUCUUAAGAGGUUUAGAAGAGGAUUAAGAGGUUUAGAAGAGGACAAAACCCUUUCCAUACAGUGACGCCGAUGUUGGCGUCGCCGGAGCGAAGGGGUUAGCUGAGAAAUGGCUCUGAUAUCUUGCCAAAAUAGCUGCUUCAGUCUGUUGAAAUACUCUACUUUAUGUAACAUGUAAGUUAAUUACUACCCACUUGGAAUGCUGUCAGUCUUGUUAGUGUCUGUAUGAAGUAAAUUUUCCAUACCCUUUUACAUCAUGACAUUCACUUCAUAAAAGGAAGUGGUUUAGUCCUCGUAUUCAUGAAUUGCAACCUAUAUUUAUUUUGACAACCUGAAUGUAAAUUUGUUUAAGCAUUUUUGUCCACUGAGUGGUAAGAAUCUAACAUGCUUGCAUAGGAGUGUUUGAUUAAAGUUGACAGAUGCUGUGGGACUGUAAGGGGUACCUGGGACCCCGUAUAAUCUACCUAAGUGCAAUGGUGUGCCCAUGACCCUGAAGGGCUGCAGCUGUGCCUCCCUGUCAUUGUUCUUUAACCCUCCCUUUUUCCUAUAUCAUCACCUGUUCCUGAAGGCAGUGUCUGGAUAGAGUGAAGCUGGGUGGUUUGCUGUGUUCAGGCUCCUGUUUAAACUUGUGCAUUCCAAAACUGUGUCGUACAUGCAUUAAUUAAGAAUGGUGAUCAGUAACUUCACUGAGGAGGUUUUAGCUACUUAGCUUUAGCAGUUGGACUUUUCUUAUUAUUCACGAACAAAUAGAUUUUUAGUAUGGAUCUUAAGAAACUGUAUAUUAUUGAAUUUCUCAAAGUAUACAUGGUUGAUAACAAA